GCAUAAAAGUGGCUUAGGAACUAUCUGAUUGGCUGAGAAGCCACAUUUAAGGCACUUUUAUCGAUAAAAGAGAAUUCAAAAUACGUGCCUAUGUUCCAAAACUCACACUGAAACGACCGGACAUCCUUAUUGUCCACGACUGUACAAUGGUGGACAGAAAGGUUGUUAUACCAUUUUAGAUAAGUUUCAGAACGCAUGCCGUGUCCAAUAGGAGAAUUUGUUUCUUAGUUGUCUCGUGAGAUACGUUUUCUUAUUGGAUAUGACGAAAUGUGUUGCGAAACUCAUAAGAAAAAUGUAACGACCUUUUUAUCUAUCAUUGUACAACGAUAGCAAAUAGGAGAAUGUUUUUUGGAGGCAAAUGCUGUUGCUAGCUAGAAACCCUAAAAUGUGAAAUCUUCCAUUGGACAUAGAAUUGUUAUGUACGUCGUACGCAGUGUGAAUCCUGCAUAAGCAAUGCAGGCGAUCAAAUUUGCUACUAAUGGAUACUCCUUGUUAAAGCGGUUUACCGCCCACAAACGUCGGCAUUUCGAGGCUGUUUACACGUCCACUCACGUUAUUUCCGAAUGAAUAUCUGAAAAUGAACUGUUACUUGUGAUAAGAACUGUGUUUCUGUGUAUCCAAAUUUCGGUAGUCACGCUCCUUUUCUUUUUCACGCAUUCUCGCGGCCAUCCCUGUGAGCGCUUUUUGGUGGGAUAAUCAACAACGUCGCAUCUGCCGCUACCUCUGAAGAGGGAUAGGCAUACGUUUGUGUUUUCAUUACAUUUACAUGCUGUAAUUAUGGAUGCCGGGUUACUCAACGCACAGUCUAUCUUUGGUGCUUAGUCUCAUUAAAGUUUAGCUCAACGUCUCGACGACCGGAACAGCAGAUACACACAAGAAAUAAAAAUAAGAAUUAUAUAAGUAUAAGUAAUAAUGGAACCUGAGGAUAGUCUAGUACCAUUAGAUAAAGUUGACAUGUCUCAACAAGAAAUUGUGAAUAACUCUGAAAACAAGGAUAAUAAUGAAAGCUCUAUCGAAAAAGUUUUAGAAGAAAGUCUAAAACCCAACGAAUCACAGCCUGAUAAAGAUAGCACGGAAGAAAUAUGUGAUGAAUUAUGUAUAGCACAGGAAAAAACAAUCUCAAUAACUUCUGAGAAAGAUUUUAUUCCAUUAAGUACGGAGACAAAUGAACAAGCAACAUGUUCAGAAACCACAAUAAAUAUGGAGGCAAAUGAUCAUACAAUAUGUUUAGAAACCUUGACAAAUAUAGAAACAAAUGAUCAUGUAACAUGUCUUGAAACCACAACAGAUGUGGAAACAGAUAAUCAUGCAACAUGUUUAGAAACCACAACAAAUAUAGAGACAAAUGAUAAUUCACCAUGUUUAGAAACUAUUACAAAUAUGGAAACAAAUGACCAUACAAUAUGUUUAGAAACUAUGACAAGUAUGGAAACAAACGAUCAUUCAACUUGUUUAGAAACUACAAUAGCAGAAAAUAAUACUGAUAUUGAAAAACCACCUUGUGAGGAAAAUAUUGGAAUUGUAACAUCUCAAGAAAGUAAUGUAAUUAAAAGUUCAUGUAAGGAAAGUACAUCAAUUGAUGCGGAUAAAGAAACAACAGAGUUAAUAUCAAAUAUAUCAAAUUUAACAGAAGCAUGUGACAUAGAACAUUUGUCAAAUAUUGAGGUUUCAAAUGAAGAUGCAGAUAAUACAGCAAAUGAUGGCUUCAAGUCUUCCAAUAAUAAUGCUGCAAGCCAACUGGAAGUAUCUUCUCAAGAAAAAGAUAAAAAUUGUGAUAUUCCAGAGGAAUGCAGUGUUAAUGCAGAUGACAUACAAAUAUCUCAGAAAGAGCUUGAUUCUUCCAAAAAGUUGGAAUCUGAUUCUGAUAGUAAUUUAGAGAAUCCUGACAAAGACUGCUCUUUAUCUGAAAAGAAUAUGGAACCUGAAAAUACAGAAUUUGUACAAAUUUCUCAUGAUAAACAGGAUGACACCCAAAUCGAAAAUCAAUCUAUAGAUGCAGAAGAUCCAUUUGGUGGUGAUAAUCUUGUUUCUGAAAAUGUGGAACAAAUAGAGGCUGACAAUCUUGCUGAUGGUGAAGUUAGCUUUAAAAACAUAUAUGAACAGGAUAAUAAUUUACAGGAUGUGGUGAAUGCCAAAAAUGACAAUUGUAAUGAGAAGCUUGGCAUUAGUUAUACAUCAAAUGACCCAAAGGAUACUACUGUCAACAAAGUUAUGGACAAUACUGUUGAAGCACCAACCAAUAUACAAAGUACUAUUGAUUCUCUUGUAAACACACCGUUAGAAACUGAUCUAACGAAUAAUGAUGCAUCCAAAACAGAUGUGAGGAAUGCAUUACCUAUUAAAUCAACCGAUGAUCGAGAUAAACAAGUAAAGAAGAAUAUCGAAGAGAUUACAUCAAUGGAAACAGACGUAGAGCAAACUGAUGUAUUACCAGGACAAGAUGACGAACUGUGUAUUAUUCCAGAUAGUAUGAAAGUUAUAAUACCAAAUAAGUCGGUGAAAGUAACGGAAAGUGAGCGGAAUGAAUCUACACUUGUACAGGAUUCUAAAAAGGACGAAAUGGCACAGAGCAAUAAGCCUGAUUCUGAUGUUGUUAAAGAUACUACGCAAGAUGAAAUUAAAUCAGUGGAUGCGGACAAUACAAGCAGCAGUACGGAAAGUGCAGCCACCAUUGAAAAUAGAGAUACAGAGACAGCAGAGAACGUAGUAGCCAAAGCAACGGAUGUUAUUAAUGUCGAAGACGAAUUGAAGAGCUCGGAGGAAGUAGAGGAGAUUACUUACAAAGAGAGAUGUAAACAGUGUAAUGAGGAAAGAAUGUGUAUAAUUCGAGUGAAGGUAGGUUCGGAAAGAUACAAUGUAUGCUCGAAAACGUGCAAAGCGUUGUUCAAGGCAGCCAAUAAUAAGUCGUUAGAUAUACCAAGUGGGAGUCAUCUUGAUGACGGGUCGUCUAAACGAGAGAAACGUUGCUCGACUUGUUUCUCAACUAUAGAAUUGAAUGAUGAGCGAAAUCUUUCCUGGGAAACCAUGGAAUUCUGUAAUGAGGAGUGUCUGGGGAAAUUCCAAAGGAAAUACGGAAGUUACUGUAAGAAUUGCAAUGGUUCGGUACAACACGUGAGUUUAGGUAAAUACUGUGUGAGAUUUGGAUGCGACGUAAGGCAGUUCUGUUGCUCAACGUGCUUAGAAGAAUUUAAAAAGGGACUGAAGGUGUGCAGUUACUGUCAGAAGGACAUAAGCCUCAGCACAGACGGUUUCCUCGCGCCGGUCGGCGAGAAAGGGCAAUUUAAAGAUUUCUGUACUCAGGACUGUAUGGAAAAAUAUUCGAAAUUGAAUUCCGCAGAACCCCCGGCUACGACGAAGAAACCAUGCAGUGUUUGUCAGGAGAAAAAAAUUGUACAUUGUGAGGUCCAAAUAUAUAAUAGCUCGCCAGUAGCUAUAUGCAGCGAGCCCUGUUUCGCCGCAUUUAAAUUUGUAAAACAGGUCAAACCCGAGCAGUGUUCCACUUGCAAGAAAUUUUUCGAAUUACCGAACAAGCAGAAUUUCGUCGUAUAUUACGAAAAUGAGCCGCACACAUUUUGCAACAAGACGUGCUUAAAUAUAUUUAUUAUAGCAAACAGAAAGAUAGUUCCGUGUAACUGGUGUAAAGUAAAGAAGUACAACUUCGAUAUGAUCAAGAAGGAACUGAAGACGGGACAGCUUUUGAUGAUGUGCAGCUUGAAUUGCUUAACAUUGUAUCAGGUCUCCAUUAAUGCAGUGUCCGCGAAACGGAUCAACUGUGACUAUUGCAAGGAAUAUUCUCUGGCGCACUAUCACCUCACCAUGUCAGACGCGACGAUACGUAAUUUUUGUUCGUACAAUUGCGUAAUGAACUUCCAAGCUCAGUAUACAAAAUCCCCGAUAACCAUACCGUCCGGCGACGAUCCCGUGCCUACGGGCGUGCCGAAGAGGACGAUACCGCAGAAGAUCACGUGCCAAUCCGUUUCGAAGCCGAGCGAAAUGCAGAAGAAAACCAUGCCGGUAAUCUCAUCGGUGACGAGUUUGGCGGCGAUGGGAAACGGUCAGACCAGUCCCAGUUCUCAGCAAAACAGUAUAGUCAUGCCCACGAGCGGUAUGCCGAAUCAAACGGCGCCGGUCAUCUACAAGCAGCAAAUCAUCGCCAGACCUCCCAGUCCGGUAAAGGUGCACAACAAGACGACUCAGUGCAAGCCUGUCACACACACGAAAGGGGUCUCGGUACGUCCUCAUCCUUGCACCAAAUGGACGCAAACGAAAAACGCUCAACAAGUCGUCAUACCCAUACCGGUGCCGAUCUACGUUCCGUUUCCCGUACACAUGUACAGCAUGCCCUUCCCAGUUCCGAUGCCUUUCCCACUGCCCAUUCCCAUUCCACUCUUCAUACCUACCACGAGGAACAGUGCUAAGGGAAUCAUGAAGGAUAUAAAGAGAAUACAAGAAAAGAUACCGUCCGAUCCGUACGAAGCUGAGCUCCUCAUGAUGGCGGAGAUGGUAGCUACUGAGAAGAAGGCCAAUGACAGCGAUUCGGAUUCGGUGGAUGACAGGGAUGCUGACACAGCUGAUCAAGACAAUUUACAUAGUGCUGGUUUCAGCCCGGAGGCGGUUGAUUCCAGUAACACGUUCGGCGACGAUAUGUUGCAAAUGGCAUUAAAAAUGGCCACGGGAGAAUUAGAUGAGCCUGCGGUUGAUUUAGAGGCCGCCCUCACGCCAAACACGAUCACAGCUACGCAACCACCGUCGCAAUCAGUAGCUACUAUAGAUAACGAUGUACAAUCGGAACGGUUAAUCACUGCUUCCAGAGGAAGGAAACGUAUGGUGCCAUAUAAACCGCGAUCGACGUCGACUAAACGAGCCAGACGAGUAUCUGGUACAAAUGACAUACCAUUAAUGCCACCACCGGAGCCACAACCACCUCCGCAACCACGUAUCAUGGAGCCAUUGGAAAAGCCCGACGCUAACAUGACAUUGAAAUAUACAUUCGGUGUAAACGCAUGGAGGCAAUGGGUUAUAGCGAAAAAUGCCGAGUUAGAAAAACAAAUUACACCAAUGAGAAAAAUUAAGUUAUUCAAGACGGACCUUUUGCAACUUACCGCAGACGAAUUGAAUUAUUCUUUGUGUCUCUUCGUAAAGGAAGUAAAAAAACCGAACGGCGCGGAGUACGCUCCCGAUACAAUAUAUUAUCUUUGUCUAGGGAUACAACAGUAUUUGUUCGAAAAUAAUAGGAUUGAUAACAUAUUCACGGAUUCGUAUUAUGAGAAAUUUACAGACUGUCUAAACGAAAUCGCGAAAAAGUUUUCCAUGAUUUACCACGAAGCACAAUAUAUUGUAACCAGAGUGGAGGAAGAACACUUGUGGGAGUGUAAACAAUUAGGUGCCCAUUCCCCGCACGUUUUGUUAAGUACACUUAUGUUUUUCAACACGAAACAUUUCAAUCUUGUGACAGUGGAAGAACACAUGCAACUUUCGUUUUCGCACAUUAUGAAACAUUGGAAACGCAAUCCAGCAGCUCAGGCUAGUACAGCAGUAACGGGAAAAGCGCCGAGGAAUGUUCUCCUAAGAUUUUAUCCACCACAAUCGGCCCUCGAAAACAACUCGAGGAAAAAGAAGGUGUAUGAGCAGCAGGAAAAUGAAGAGGAUCCAUUGAGAUGUCCUGUCAAACUGUACGAAUUCUAUUUAUCAAAAUGUCCUGAAAGCGUUAAAACCCGCAACGAUGUCUUCUACUUAUUGCCAGAACGCAGUUGUGUGCCGGACAGUCCAGUGUGGUAUUCGACAUCACCGCUCGCGAAGGAACAACUCAUCAAAAUGUUGUAUCGUAUUAAAAUGGUUAAAGAAAUUAAUGUAGCAUUACUUACGAGUUAAUUUCACGUAUUACAUUGAUCUCUUGUAUUUGGUUAACGAAUUAACUGACUCUGUCGGGGAUAAAACAAUGAUAUGAUAUAAAAAUAUAGGGUUAAACAAGUU